AUGCCACCGCGGCUCUCCGCCCCAUCCGUGGGCCAAUUCAUCCGUGCAUCCUCUAAGUCCUGGCAGCUCCACCCUCUCUGGUCGGAUGUAUCGAGACAGGCCAGCAAACCACCCACCAUCUUCCGCCCCAAGUUCCGGGCCACCCAUGCGUGGGCGAAGUAUCCUCUGACUUUCCGAUUUCCACGACCGUUAGCCAAAAGGGUGGUCUCUUCGCCUUUUUCCGCCCCUUCGAUUUUUAGAUUCCCUCCCCGUGCUUCUCGCCGCACCUAUUCUACGAAUUCCUCCCCGUCCAAACCACUCACCUUCUCCGAACGCAUGCGCAAACUUUCUCGGGAAUACGGGUGGUCCGCAUUGGGAGUGUAUCUAUUCCUUUCAGCGCUAGACUUUCCGUUUUGUUUUGCUGCCGUAAGGCUAUUAGGUGUUGAGCGAAUUGGCCACUAUGAACAAACUAUCGUCGAGUCCGUGAAGAGUGUUUUAGGGCCCAUCUGGGGUGCUAGUAAGGAACAGACGGAAAGUUUGGAUAUAGGAGAUGGUGCUAUCGCGAGUGAUAUUGAGAAUACCGCCAUCGACCAUGGUGUAAUUAAGACGGAAGGUAAAAUGACCGGAGAGGGAGCGAGUACGUGGGCCCCAAGCGGAGUGAAGGAAGCGUUGACACUAACCUUGCUUGACCGCUCAGGUAUCUGGACUCAACUUGCCCUAGCUUAUGCAGUACACAAGAGCCUUAUUUUUCUUCGUGUACCCCUCACGGCGGCGGUCACCCCUAAAGUCGUGAAGACCCUAAGAAGUUGGGGUUGGAAUAUUGGAAAACGGAAGCCUAAAAAAGGAUAG